CUCUUCCUCUUCAUUGUUUCCCCCACUUUGAAGCUGUGGGUGUGACUGUGAGUGAGUGAGCAACAGAGAAAAUAUGGAGAAGAGCUUGUUAGUGACAGAGAGACAAGUGAAGACGGAGGGGUGUUUAAGCAUAACACGGGGUGUGUUUGCUCAAGAGGCGAAAAGGGUGGGUUACUUGGCAGGGCCGAUGGUGGCUGUCAAUUUAUCACAGUACUUUCUGCAGAUUAUUUCCAUUAUGAUGGUCGGUCACCAUGGUGAGCUCGCUCUCUCCAGCACUGCUAUUGCCAUCUCUCUCGCCGCCGUCUCUGGCUUCAGUCCUGUUUUUGGAAUGUCAACCGCACUGGAAACUAUAUGUGGGCAAGCUUAUGGAGCUCAGCAAUAUAAAAAAGUAGGAAAUCAAACUUACACUGCUAUUUUCUGUCUAUUAUUGGUUUGUCUCCCUCUGUCUCUUCUGUGGAUCUACAUGGGAAAGCUACUCGCUUUCAUGGGCCAAGACCCUGUAAUUUCACAUGAAGCCGGUAAAUUUAUAGUGUGCCUCAUUCCUGCACUCUUUGCCUACGCAACUCUUCAAGCUCUUGUUCGAUAUUUCCAGACGCAAAGUUUAAUCAUCCCCAUGCUAGUAAGCUCUUGUGUCACCCUUUGUUUCCAUAUACCUUUAUGCUGGGUUUUGGUAUUCAAGUCUAGACUACAACAUCUUGGAGGAGCAUUGGCUAUUGGUAUGUCAUAUUGGUUGAACGUUAUUUUACUCGGAUUAUACAUGAAGUACACUAGUGCCUGUGCAAAAACCAGGGCCCCCAUUUCUGUCGAGGUGUUCCAAGGAAUUGGAGAGUUCUUCCGUUUUGCUAUCCCUUCUGCUGUAAUGAUUUGCCUUGAAUGGUGGUCAUUCGAGCUGCUUACCUUGCUGUCGGGGUUUUUACCAAAUCCGGAGCUUGAAACUUCAGUACUGUCCGUGUGUUUAGCAACACUCUCAACGCUCUACAUGAUACCAGAUGGACUUGGCGCUGCAGCAAGCACUAGAGUUUCAAAUGAGUUAGGAGCUGGGAACCCACAAGCGGCACGUUUAGCUGUCACUGUUGUGAUGCUUAUUACAGUCACAGAAGCACUCAUAGUAAGCUCAGCCUUUUUUGCCAGCCGCCAUGUUUUUGGUUACAUUUUCAGCAAUGAGAAGGAAGUAGUAGACUAUGUCACAACCUUGGCUCCUCUGGUAUGUCUGUCGGUUGUGCUGGACAGCUUACAUGGAGUCCUUUCAGGUGUUGCUAGGGGAUGUGGGUGGCAGGACUUAGGUGCUUAUGUUAACCUCGGGGCAUACUAUCUUUGUGGACUUCCAGCUGGUGCCAUAUUGGGUUUUUGGGUACAGUUGAAAGGAAAGGGCCUUUGGAUUGGAAUACUAAUUGGUUCUUCUGUGCAAGCACUUCUGCUCUCUCUCGUAACAAGUUAUACAGACUGGGGAAAACAGGCAAGUAAAGCAAGGGAGAGGAUAUAUGAGGGAAGAUCUUCAGUAGAAAAUAGAUUAUUAACUUGACUGAGUUUUGAUGAGCUAAAUCAUCUUAUUCCACUGUUGUGAGCUGAAAAAUAUUGCUUAAACUAAUGAAAC